ACCUGUGUCUAUGUGUGUGUAUUUGUCAGUGAUAACCGGGACUGUCAUUACGGCGGUGAUGAGAGAAGGAAGUAUGUACGCCACCAUCUCCAUCAUCAACGUGUAUAAAGAAGGCAGUCUGGCCAUCCAGCAGGCGGGAAAGACCAUGAGCACCAAGAUCAUCAUCCUGUGCAAGAAGUGUCCGUUUAUCAGGAGAGGUUUGAACUACGUUUUCAUGGGCGUGGUGGACGAGGACGGCCGCGGGAAAAUCGCCCCGCAGCACUUUGUGAUGGCGUUCAAGACAAAGAACCAGAAAGUGCUCAACGUCCUGAAAAACAAGCGGUGCUGAGUUCCAGUAGCGCCGAGGAUCUCCUCUGCCCCGGGAUGGAGACAAUUAUCUCCAUCUUGACAACACAACACUUAAAACACAUGUGUUUCAUUCAAUUAGGGGCAUUUUAGUUCUGCUAUCCGGCUGAGGGUUGCAUGGUUUAAGGAUAAACAGGAACGCAUUAAGUACUUCUAAACUGUCUUCUAUUAAAUAAACCCAUCGGUCUGUUUUACAACAUUUGGCAACAAGAAGUUUCCAUGCCUCUCCACAGCCAAUUCUCACUCCGCCACUCACAUUCCUGUCAUACCCCUAGCAGGGAUUACAGCUAGCAAAAGGAGCCCAGAAUAGGAGAAGUAAAGCAGAUCACAUGUUUUGUAAAUCAAACGUUAAUCAGAUUGUUCCAAAGUGUCAGUUUCUACAUCCUACUUUCCAGUUUCCCCUUUAAGCUGUGGGGAUUUAUAAUUGAGUAUGCUUUAAACAAAUAUAGUCUUAACACUUCACAAGCCUGAUUCAUAUCCAAAGGGGAUUUGUCGUAGUUUCGAUCACACCUGCAGUCAAUAGUCUGUGUUCAUCUGUAAUGGGCACGAAUUUAGGACGUUUUUAAAAGGGGCGAUUAAUAAAAAGUGCAAUAUUUAAUAUAUUUAAAUGAUUCUUUUGGAAAUGCUGGAUUUAUGUGGACCUUUCCUAGCUAAAGCUCUUUUCCUUUUAAUAUGUUUACGGAUUCAAUCAGCAUUAGCUUGUUUUUAAAAGGCAGUGGAAUGAAAUGAGAAAUAUUUUCAUAUGAAAAAGUCUGUGAAUAUUAUUUAUAUUUUAUUGUUUUCAUCUUCCCAAAUAAAACUCCCUUAAACAUG